AUGCCCAUAUCCCGGGAGUCUAUAUUACGUUGUGUUAGAAGAGAAUUGCCUGGCUUUGGAUUCAUUCCUCUGUUCUUCUCAAUCCAAUUCACUUUUUUUCUCCAUAAACCUCCAUUAUUUUAAUUUUGAUUUAUGACUUUUUUUCUGGAUUUCUUUCACUUCCAGUGGCCCUCCUCAUUCGUUAUCAGGCUGGAAACGAAAACGCCAAUUGUUCAGUUGUUUUUUUUCAAUAAUGUCUGCAGAAAGGUCUCCUGCGUGUGAAAAUUAUUCCUUUGGUAUUAGAAAACUUCCUGGAAUUAAUUUUCAAUUACGAAUAACGCUAAUUUGAAUCAAAAUGCGCAGAUUUCAACCCGAAUUAGUAUCUACGAACUUUCUUAUUAUUUUCUUGAGAUAUAGGAAGUUUGAAAUAAUUCAGAUGGAUCCGGAACAGUUCCGCAAACAUGGUAAGGAGAUGGUCGACUUUGUCGCCAACUACUGGGCUUCGUUGAAAGACCGAAACAGUGGAAUGACCCCUCUUCCGGACAUCCGACCUGGUGACGUCUCUAAAUUAGUUCGUCUUUGAUUAUACUUCUAAUUUGAUCAACUAUCUUGUGGAAACUCGCUUUUUAGCUGCUCUGACGCUUUGUAUAGGAAAGCCUGAAGUUUUAGGCUCCAGACACAUUUCAUAUAUUAAGAGAAUUUUCUUUUUAUCCGAAUAUCAUAUUCACGGUCCGAAAGCAGAAAGGUGUUUCUAAAAAAAAAAAUUGAUUUUGUUUUUAUUUUUACCAACGUGCCCAUUUGUUAGCGGCUACUAAUUUUGAUGUCUCCAGUUUCUUUCAAGCGAUUUUUAACUUGAAACAUAAAUUCACUCGGACUUUGAAAGAAAAAUCCAAAUAUUCUUCUCAGGUUCCCUCCUCGCCACCUAAAAAUCCAGAGGACUGGAAGACGAUUUUUGAAGAUUUGGACAAGGUCGUUGUCAAUGGUUUAACAAGAGAUUGAUCUGCAGAAAUGAGGCAUUUUGAGGAGCGACUCAUUGGCAUCAUCCGAGAUUCUUCGCCUACUUCCCGACGGCUUGCAGUUACCAAGCCAUCAUGGCCGACAUUCUCAGCGGCGGCAUCGCCGGCAUAGGAUUUACCUGGGUCCGUCCGCCCUCCCGAAGACUUUGAAUCAUUCAUUCUGUUCCAGAAGUCGUGUCCCUCCAUGACGGAGUUGGAAAUGUCGACUUUGGACUGGCUGGUAGACCUUCUCGGCCUCCCCGAACAUUUUAAAAACGCGGCCGAGGGUCCGGGCUGCGGAAUCAUUCAAAGCACAGCCUCGGACAGCACCAUGAUUGCUAUCAUGGCCGCUAGGGCAGCUGCCGUCGAGGUUUUCACUUCUCAUUAACAGUGAUCGUUUGUUUUCGCGCAAAAAUCAUUUUCUAACUGUCGAGAUUAUUCCUUUUUAAAUAGGAAAUUCGAAAUUUUCAUACUUUAAUUGUAAAAACACGAAAGUUAGGAGAUUCCAGUUUGUUAUUCCGACUCGAAGCUUCAACUUGAUAACAAAGAAUUUAAAAAAAAAGAUUUUUUUUCCAUUUUUUUCAUUCAUUAAGAACAACCAGGAGUUUAUAAUAGCUGACUUUUUUUCAAAAAAAGUAUUUGCAAGAAGAAUAUCGGGUUAUUUAUUUGUGGGUUAUUUUCAAUUGAUUUCAACAUUUUAUUGAAAAAUUUCUCCUAAAAAAACAUAUUGAACAUUUUCAAGUAUAGCUUUUUUUAGCGAGAAUAAGAUUUUCUGUACUUUGUAGAUUUACCUCAGGGAAAAAAAUCCAGUACGAAAGUUUUUCACAAGACGGAGUUUAUCUUUUUUUUUUAAUUUGCAGAAAGUGAAACAGGAACCUACGUUCCUCAACUGGAUGGCUGCCACAGAUCUCGGAAAGACCAUCAAAGGCAUUUUGGGCAAAGUUCGUCAGAACACGGUAAAUUUCUAUCUUCAGUUGGUUUCAAAUUUUGUUGAAAAUUUUCAAAAUUGAAAAUUGAAGCCAGUUACAAAGAACCAGAGCGCCCAACCUGGGACCAAGGUCAGUUUUGAAUGUUGUGAAGUUAUUUUAUGGUUUUUAAAUUUUUAAUCAUCCUGCACAAUUUUCGAAAAAGUAGUAAUAAUGUUUUUUUCGCUGAAAAAAAUACUGAAGUGAAAAAAAUAGAGGGGGAAAAAGGAUUGAAUUAUUACGCUUUUUUUCUAUUGAAAAAAAAUUUUAGUUUGAAUUUUACUCUGUACUAAAAAAAUAGUUAUAAUAAUGAAAUUUUAACUUACCUCGGAAAUUUGGAUUUUUUUAUUGUUUUCUUUCUUUGCGAAAACUUAAGGAGUUUGACUCCUCUGCUCUCUCUCUCUCUUUUUCAUUCGGAAACUCUUUUUUUUCGUGCCUUUAAAAAAAAUUAAUCAAUUUUUUAAGUGAAUAAGCAGAUUCCUUAAAAUGCACAUUUAUUUCUCACAAUGUUUCUGUAUUUCUGAGUUGAUCACAUGUUUCAAAAAGAGACAAUCUGCUUUUUUAGAAGUGAUCAUUUUACAGACGGAAGACGAAGCUUCGGGACUACCGCCGCCAUAUUACCACGAUCCCACCGUCUUCGAGAAGUUUGUCAUGUAUUGCUCAGAUCAGGUUGGAUUCCCCUACUGAUUCGAGUGCGAGACCAAGAUGUUCAGGCGCACUCUUCGGUUGAGAAAGACGCCAUGCUGUGCGGAGUUCGGAUGAGGAAGCUGAAGUCGUCGAGAGACGCCGAGUUGGGCAAUUUCUCGGUGUCGAAGGAGACCUUGGAAGCGGCUAUCAAGGAAGAUCGAGCCCGUGGAUACGUCCCUUUCUUGCUGGUCGCCACGGUCGGAACGACUUGCUCCUGCGCCGUCGACCAUCUCGACGAACUUGGUCCGAUCUGCCAACAAGAAGGUCUUUGGCUGCAUGUCGACGCCGCCUAUGCAGGUAUCAGUAGACUGAACAUCUGAUCUAUUUCAAUCUGGUCAUGGCCCUCCAAUUCCGAUGAGUAUUCUUAGCUUUCACUUAUAAUCAAAGACUUGCUUUAAGGCUAUCAGAAAAAGUGAGAUUGUAAUUAAUGAACUUUAACCUUUUUUAGAAGUUUCUUUUUAUAUCAAUGUGUUAAAAUCUAAAAUAUUUUUCUGGAAUGUAGAAUUUUGGCCUGUGUCAGUCUUUAAAAGUGUGUUGCGGAGGUUUGGGACCUUUCAUAUCUCAAAACGACGAAAAAAUCUGUUUUCAAAAGAUCCAUAAAGUGAAGGGACUUUCUUUCCGAGUGAAGAAAUCUGUAUACGAGAAAAUUCCAGCGAAACUAGAAGGGUAAAAAUUACCUACGAAAGGUCAUCUUUCUCUUCAUGUAGAACAGUGAGACCCAAGCUUUCAGGAAGCUUCUUCGUAUGUCCAGAGUUCGGCUACAUGAAGCGGGGCAUGGAAUACGUCGACUCGUUCAACUACAACGCCCACAAGGGAAUGUUCAUCAACUUCGACUGCAGUCCUCUCUGGUUCCGCGACGGUGCCCAUGCCUCCAAGUUCUUCAACGUCGACGCCGUCUAUCUGAGCCACGAGCAUCAGGCGACCGCCUACGAUUACAGAGUCAGAAGAUAUCCGAGGAGUUUGGUGAUCAGCCAAGUUUAGCAUCUGCAAGUGGCCCUGGGACGUCGGUUCCGAUCGCUGAAAAUCUGGUUUGUGUUGCGCAACAUGGGGAUCGAGAAGAUUCGUGAGGCGUUGCGCAAGGUGAGAAAUGGAUCUCUCAUUUUUCGAAUCAUCAAAAAUCCUCGAAUAGUCGGCCGAAAAAGAUUUGAAAUAAAUGUGGCAAAAAAAGAUUAUGAAGCAACUUUAAAAAAAUUGACGAUUGACCCAGGCCCGCGGAAUCUUAAGAUGAUUACGAGCUAGUCUACUUUUAGCAAUCAUUAUAAUAAACUUAUUUUUUUUAACAUCAAAAAUAAUCUUCUCAAUCAAGAUAAGACACGGAAGUUGAAAUCAAAAUGUUCAUAUUCGUUUCAAAACGAAAUAGUUUCCUGUUCUUUGAAUACUCUUCAAAAUAAAAUCUUAGUGUUUGAGAAUCCUUAUGCACAUUUACCCUCUAUAAAUUAAAAGGAGACAAAUUGAUUUAGCAAAACGAGUUGGCGCGUCUUUUCUCGCGUCUGAUCGUCGAAAACGGCCAAUUCGAGCUAUUCGUCCCCCCUCACUUGGGCCUCGUUUGUUUCAAAAUCAAAAACGUAUGUGAAUCAGGAGUGGUUGGAGUUUAGAAAUCAACAUAAGGAGGACCUAAAAUUUGUUGAUAAACUUUUCACCCCAACCAAACCAAACCUGAGAAAUCUUUUUGAAUCGCAGAACGUGCCUUCUUUCAACACGAGUUUUGCAACCUCUUUCAGCCUCUUUUCAGAACUUUCCUCUCUCCCACUAUUGUAACACUUUUGCGUAUCCCACAAGAGAAAGAAAGGCUCGGAACGACGGUUCUUGAUGAAUGAAUAUCUUCAGAACUUCUUUCUUGGUGAAUUUUAAAGAUUUCUCACAGGUUUUUGAUCUUUAAUCAAGGGAAUUCUUCGUGACAGUUCUUUAUGGUACGUUUGACGAUGUCAAAGUCUCGGAUGGUUUGAACAGCAUUGAAAAUCUCUUCGUCCAAGAAUUUUUCCACUUUUUAGGGACGGAUGAUUAUAAAGAUUGAUCAUGGAGACGCAUUACAAUCCUGUUAACUUUCACGAAUACAUACGGACUAACUGAAAAUUUUCAGGCGAACAACGCCCAGAACGAAGUUCUUUGUAACACUCUCAACGAAGAUCGACGGAUACACUUGGUACCAUCCAACGUAAAUGUUUCUCUUCUCUGAAAAAAGUCUGAGGAAUCGGUUCAGGUCCACGGGACGUACUUCUUGAGACUGGCGGUGUGCAGCCAGUUCACCAAGGAAGAAGACAUCAUCUUUGCCCGUGACGUCAUUUAUGAAAUAAACUCGAAAAUUCGCUCUCAAGUCUAG